AUGUCCACUUUCCACCCCUUCGCCCGUCUCCCGUUGGAGCUCCGUACGCGGAUCUGGGAGAUGACGGUUGAGCCUCGUGACGUCGAGGUCCGCUUCAAGGAUAUUUUCAGGGUGGAGGGCUCAAUACACUACUGGAUGUCCUCGACCCCAGUACCAGGGAUAUUGCAGGCCUGUCACGAAGCCCGUAAUCUCGGCCUUUACCAGCGUGCCUUCUCAUUUGGGAACAAACCGCGGUAUACCUGGGUGAAUUUCGAGAUGGAUAUGAUCUCUCUUGGGGAUACCGACAUUAGAGAUAUUGUCGACGAGCGACUCGAUAUUCGCCGUCUUAGGUUCGAGAGAGUUAGUGACGAGUGGUUUUUUUAUUGGGAAUCGAAGGGUCUAAAGGAGUUUGCCAAUCUCAUAGAAAUCCAUGUGAUAUGCUUGGAUGCCUUUUUUUCUUGGCUGGAUUCCUGGGAGCACGUGGAAUGGCAAUGCCCCAGAGAGAAUGUACGCUUCAUCGAGAAGAAGUCGGGACGAAUGAUUGAUGGCUAUGAGCUAGAUAAGAUGUGGGACGAAGUCGUCGAGGAGACCAGACGCCGAGAGAACGGCAAUCAUUGA